AAAAAUGGCAGACAAUGAUUAUGAAAGAGCAAAGGAACAAAUUGAAGAUUUUCUUCGUAAUUUUUACAUUGAAGAUGAAAAUGAAUUAAAAACAUUUAAAUAUUUAAAAGAAAUUGAACAAAUUGCUAAAAGACAACAAAUUUCUUUUUAUGUAGAACAAGAUGAUGUUUAUGUUCACAAUCCUGAACUUUAUACUUCAAUUAAUGGAAAUACUGUCCGGUUUCGUUUACUUUUUAGUGAAGUUGUUCAAAAACUUGUUGAGGAAGCGCUAGGGGAUGAACAGGUUUUUUUUGUUUUUUAA